AUGGCCGCUUCGCUGCUGCAUACGUGGAAAAGAUACCUAUGCAGUAGCUGCCUGAAUCAGGCACUGGCAGCGUCGCGUCGUUGCUUGCGGCUAGCACGCUACCAGCUGCCGCCGAACGGUUUCCCGCGGAGAGGCUCUGCCUCCAAAGCGGGCGCGAGCAAACCGAGUACUGAGCCUCAGCGGCUGCCGUAUCGUUAUGCGGUCGCUACUAUUUUGGAGCGAACGCCGAUCAUCAUGCCAGAGCCUACUCCUGAGGAGCGGGCGUUCCUCAAGUUUCAGCUGUUGAUGGCCAACGCGCAAGCCCGAGAGCUUUCUCCCGAGGUCAUGCAGCGACUCUUCGGCGAAAGUGGUGACACGAUCCCAGACAAGCACCCCUUUCUAAACUCGAAAGUUUUUGAGCUCGACGAUAGUGAAUAUGUGCCGGCGCCUCGCGAAACAGAGGCCGACCGUACCAAUGAUCGGCGUUCCCUGCGUCGCAAACUGGACCAGUGGCUGUUCCUUAUCGUUCAACGCAAACUUGGUCCGACAGGCCGUUCACUGUGGCAGUUCCCUCAGCGAUUCAUCGAAGAAGAGCGCCUAAUGCAAUCCAGUAAUGACCCGAUGCCUCUGCGGGCCGGUACAGACGCAGCCGCUGCAUCCGCCGAAGCGCUAGGUACCAGUGGCGGCGCUGAGACGCGCUGCUCGAAAACCUUUUUCUUUCGGGGCGAGGCCGAAAAAGCGCUCCAAAGUCUCAUCGAGACUGGCGGAACCGAUGGCGAUGACGAAAACGAUUUUGAGGCUCAUUUUAUUGGCAAUGCUCCAUGUGCACAUUUGAAGCAUAUCUAUUCGCCAGCGCUCCAAGAGGCUCAGGGCAUUUCCGGGAUCAAAAUCUUUUUUUAUCGUGCACAGUUGAUUAGCGGCUGUAUUACUGGGGUACGCGCACCAGCUGCAGUAGAUUAUGCAUGGGUUACAGCCGAGGAACUGCCGGAAUAUUUACCACCGGAUUAUUAUCGAUCAGUCGCGCCUGUAGUGUGGUAG